GGCGCGGCGCGGCGCGGGGCGGGCGGGGCUGGGCGGGGCGCUCGGUCAUCCCCGCCGUCCUCGCCCCGCAGCCAUGGCCGCCGGCCCCGCGCCUCCCCCCGGCCGCCCCCGGGCGCAGAUGCCGCAUCUAAGGAAGAUGGAGCGGGUGGUCGUGAGCAUGCAGGACCCCGACCAGGGCGUGAAGAUGCGGAGCCAGCGCCUGCUGGUCACCGUCAUUCCCCACGCGGUGACAGGCGGCGACGUCGUGCAGUGGUUAACCCAGAAGUUCUGCAUCUCCGAGGAGGAGGCCCGGCACCUGGGCGCCGUCCUGGUGCAGCACGGCUACAUCUACCCGCUGCGCGACCCCCGUAGCCUCGUGCUCCGGCCAGACGAGACGCCCUACAGGUUCCAGACCCCGUACUUCUGGACAAGUACCCUGUGGCCGGCUGCAGAGCUGGACUAUGCCAUCUACCUGGCCAAGAAGAACAUCCGAAAACAGGGGACCCUGGUGGACUAUGAGAAGGAGUGCUAUGACCGGCUACACACGAAGAUCAACCAUGCGUGGGACCUGGUGCUGAUGCAGGCCAGGGAGCAGCUGCGGGCAGCCAAGCAGCGCAGGAAGGGGGACAGGCUGGUCAUUGCGUGCCAAGAGCAGACCUACUGGCUGGUGAACAGGCCCCCGCCCGGGGCCCCCAGUGUGCUGGAGCAGAGUCCAGGGCGGGGAUCCUGUGCCGCCAGCCGUGUGCACAUGACCAAGCGUGGAGAUUUCUAUAAGCAGGAGAUCGAGUACUGCAGGAGAGCGCUGGGCAGGACCCGAGUGAAGUCCUCCGUCUGCCUUGAGGCGUACCUGAGUUUCUGCGGCCAGCGUGGACCCCACGACCCCCUCGUGUCGGGGUGCCUGCCCAGCAACCCCUGGAUCUCAGACGACGACGCCUACUGGGUCAUGAACGCCCCCACGGUGGUUGCCCCCACGAAGCUCCGUGUGGAGAGAUGGGGCUUCAGCUUCCGGGAGCUCCUGGAGGACCCCGUGGGGCGGGCCCACUUCAUGGACUUUCUGGGAAAGGAGUUCAGUGGAGAAAACCUCAGCUUCUGGGAGGCAUGUGAGGAGCUUCGCUAUGGAGCCCAGGCCCAGGUCCCCACCCUGGUGGAUGCUGUGUACCAGCAGUUCCUGGCCCCUGGCGCCGCCCGCUGGGUCAACAUUGACAGCCGGACCAUGGAGCGGACCCUGGAGGGGCUGUGCCAGCCCCACCGCUACGUCCUGGAUGACGCCCAGCUACACAUAUACAUGCUCAUGAAGAAGGACUCCUACCCAAGGUUCCUGAAGUCUGACAUGUACAAGGGCCUCCUGGCGGAGGCUGGGAUCCCGCUGGAGACGAAGAAACGCGUGUUCCCGUUCUCGCGGAGGCCACGGCACUCAAGCCCCAGCCCUGCACUCCUUCCCACCCCUGUGGAGCCCACAGCGGCUGGUGGCCCUGGGGGAGGAGAUGGGGUGGCCUAGUGGACCUGGCCCAUCUGCCACUCUAGUCCCUGCAGCUCAACAUCCUGCAUGAAUGCACCAGCCACCCCCUCUUGGCCCAGGUCCUGGUGGCUGCUGAACCCAGCACCAGUGUCCCCUUGUGCCCAGAGGGCCCAGUCUUGCUGUGGGGCCACAGCCUCCCUCCCUCCAGCAAGCCCUCCCUGCCCAAAAGGAAGGGGUCCAGGUGUGGAUUCCCAGGGAAGGAUUUCAUUGGCUCAGCUUGGGUCAGGGCAGCACCUGUUACCUGAAGAGAGGUGAGACCAAGGCUGCACGGAGCUCCGCCUUCUCUGGUCUUCAGUCUGGCACUGGGUGCCCAUCCCCAUCUCUAAAACCAGUAAAUCAACCAGCGAAUACCUGGAAGCAAGAUGCACAGAUGGGUGGCUUCCCACACACCCGUCACGAGAUGCGGACACGCAGGUCUCGGUGCGAGCUCUGCCCCGUCCAAGAGCCUCUCCGCUGUCGCCCAGUGUGACCCUGGAAGAGGACCCAAGAGAGUGCCGUGCUGAGCCUGCCUCAAGUUCACUGCCUUCCAGAGCUGCGCCUAUUUCUCCCUCGCCAGACGCGUUCCAGAAUUUGUCCACAGGUGCGCCGGCACCUGCUUUUCCACCUCGAGGCCACGGCUUCCCCCCCGAGAUUUUUUUUUUUGAGACGGAGUCUCCGUCUGUGGCCCAGGCUGGAGCACAGUGGCGCGAUCUCGCCUCACUGCAAGCUCCGCCUCUCGGGUUCACGCCCUUCUCCUGCCUCAGCCUCCCGAGUAGCUGGGACAACAGGCGCCGCCACCACGCCCGGCUAAUUUUUUUUGUAUAUUUAGUAGAGACAGGUUUUUACCGUGUUAACCAGGAUGGUCUCGAUCUCCUGACCUCAUGAUCUGCCCGCCCCAGCCUCCCAAAGUGCUGGGAUUACAGGCGUGAGCCACCGCGCCUGGUCUCCCCCCCAGAUUUAUACAGACAACUCUGACAUUGUCACCCCACUGACGAGGUGAGACCCCCCAUUCCAUAGGGUGGAUCCUUGCCAGGUGUCCCUGAUCCUCCCUGCCCAACCCUUCCUUUGUGAGCUGGCAUUGCUCCCCAUCCCCCAAGUGCCCCACCACUCCCCCAGACUGGGUGAAGGUACAACUGGCUCCUUUCAGGGGUGCAGCUUCAACUAUCUUAGCGGUUGGGGGGUGCCAUCCCCACCCAUAGGACUGGCUCACAUCCAGUCACUCCCAACAGCUUCCAGCACAAAAAUAAAAGACCCUUGGGCCCUGGCUCUGAGCCCAUCCUGC